UGUGCAUGUGCUUGUGAUACAGGGCCGGAUCGCUCCUAGCGUAGUGCUCAGACAUUCGCUUCUCCGGUGGACCGCCUGCUGCUCGCAAUGCGCGCGUGCGCUCUGCUGGCAUGUGCGUUGCUGGCGGCCGCGGCCGGGCCGUCGGCAGCGCAGCGGCGGGGGUCAGAGGUGGUGGACGGCGACUUCCUCCCGCACCACGACCGCUGCGAGACGAUCGACAUCCAGUUGUGCAAGAACAUCCAGUACAACAAGACCAUCAUGCCGAACCUGCUGGGCCACACGACGCAGGGCGAGGCGGGCCUGGAAGUUCACCAGUUCUUCCCGCUGGUCAAGGUGCAGUGCAGCCCCGACCUGCAGCUCUUCCUCUGCCUGAUGUACGCGCCCGUCUGCACGCAGCUCGAAGACCCCCUGCCGCCGUGCCGCUCGCUCUGCCUCUCGGCGCGCAACGGCUGCGAGCGGCUAAUGAACAAGUUCGGCUUCCUCUGGCCAGAGAAGCUCAACUGCUCCAAGUUCCCGCAGGCGGCACCCGGGGUGCUGUGCGCGGCACAGAACGAGACGUCCAGCCCGUCAGCCACGCCCGCCACCGACCUGCAGCCGCACGACGGCAAGGACUUCGUGUGCCCGGUGCAGUUCCGCGUGCCCAAGGGCCUGUCGUACCGGCUGCGCGUGGGUGAGAAGGACACGGCCGACUGCGGCGCACCUUGCCGCGGCAUGUUCUUCUCCGAGUGGCAGCGCGACUUCGCCCGCCGCUGGGUCGGCAUCUGGUCGGUGCUGUGCCUCGCCUCGUGCGCCUUUACCAUCUUCACCUUCAUGCUAGACACGUCGCGCUUCCGCUACCCGGAACGGCCCAUCAUCUUCCUCAGCGUGUGCUACUUCAUGGUGUCGCUGACGUACGUCAUCGCCUUCGCCAUGGGCGACGACAUCGCCUGCAACAGUCCCUUCGACCCGCCGCCCGAGUACCCCAAGCUGGACGACAUGGUGUCGACCAUCGCGCAGGGCACCAAGCGGCAGGGCUGCACGUUCGUCUUCAUGACACUCUACUUCUUCAACAUGGCCAGCUGCAUCUGGUGGGUGAUCCUGACGCUCACCUGGUUCCUGGCCGCCGGCCUCAAGUGGGGCCAGGAAGCGAUCGAGGCCAACUCGCAGUACUUCCACCUGGCCGCCUGGGCCGUGCCCGCCAUCAAGACCAUCGCCAUCCUCGCCAUGGGCGACGUCGAAGGUGACGUGCUGAGCGGCGUCUGCUACGUGGGAGUGCUGAACGUACCAGCGCUGCGCGGUUUCGUGCUGGCGCCGCUGGUCGUCUACCUGGCGCUGGGCACCGUAUUCCUGCUGGCCGGCUUCGUCUCGCUCUUCAAGAUCCGCACCAUCAUGAAGCACGACGGCACGCGCACCGACAAGCUGGAGAAGCUGAUGAUCCGCAUCGGCGUCUUCUCGGUGCUGUACACGCUGCCGGCCACGCUGGUGAUCGCCUGCCUGUUUUACGAGCAGGCGUUCCUCGAUCAGUGGACCCUCGGCUGGCAGGAGCAACACUGUGGCCUGCGGAACCCCAACUGGUCCAAAUAUGCCAUCCCCUGCCCGCCGGCCGCCGCCGACGGCCUGCUGCGGCCGCAACCGUACUUCGAGUUCUUCAUGAUCAAGUACGUGAUGCUGCUGAUCGUCGGGAUCACGUCCGGCUUCUGGGUGUGGUCGCACAAGACGCUGCAGACGUGGGGCCGACUGUGCGGAUACGGCCAGCCCGCGGUCGUCUACCGGACCCCCGACGGCCGCGUCGUGCAGCCGAACCACGUGUGAGCCAGCGGGCUGCGCGCACGCGCGGGACAUGCAUGGGACGUGCGCGGUGGGUGUGAGAGACACUGCUGGACGUGCGCCGGACGUGCGCUUGACGUGGUCUGGAUGCGCGGCGUUCUUGCUGGCGCGGGGCCGGCUUCGGAGGCGCGGCGGAC